AUGGACAGCGAGGCUGGACCUGUGAAGCACUCAACAGAAGCAGAUCAACAGAAGUCCGAGGUACCUGUGGUGGUGGCGAGGGAGCCAGUCAUCGAAGACAUCUCAAACAUGCGCUAUGGAAUACUUGAUGUGCCCGUGUGGUAUGAGACUAUUCUGCUCGGUUUCCAGCACUAUCUCACUAUGCUUGGAUCCACAGUCCUGAUUCCUUUCCUCAUAAUACCUCCCAUGGGUGGCACGCCCGAAGAUCUGGCAGCAGUGAUUGGCACGAUCUUCUUCAUCUCGGGGAUCAUCACCCUUGUCCAGACCAUUGCUGGCGACAGGCUGCCCAUCAUUCAGGGUGGCUCAUUCGCCUACCUGACGCCCACCUUUGCCGUCAUUGCCCAAAUAAAGAGCCGCUAUGACUGGCAGGAUGCUCAGGACGGCACAAACCAUGAGCGAUUCCUGGUGACCAUGCGUGAGGUCCAAGGGGGCGUUAUUGGGAGCGCCUUCUUCAUCAUGUUCUUCAGCAUGUCCGGUCUGCUGCGCGCAGUGCUUCACUACAUCUCACCCAUCACAGGCAAGAAGGCACCCCUUGUCUACUUCAAUCUCCAUCGCAUGGCUGUCAACAUUGCAAUUGUGGGUCUGUCCCUGUACAGCGCUGGCUUCAGUGGGGUAGCCAACUGUCCCCAGUUGGGCCUGCCCAUGAUAGCGGCCUUGAUCAUCACCUCGCAGUACCUCAGGAGUGUGGGGCUUCCCAAGCGCAUUCCUUUCAUCGGAGGGAUGCGCUGCUUUGAGAUGUUCCCAGUGGUCAUCAGCAUUGUCAUUGUGUGGGUCUAUGCCGUGAUUGUGACGGAGGCUGGUGCGUAUGACAACGCCAGCGCAGACACACAAAAGUACUGCCGCACAGACCAAAGCGACGUCCUGAGCAACUCACCCUGGUUCAGGUGGCCCUACUUCUGCCAGUGGGGGACCCCCACAUUUUCCUGGAGCUCCACCCUGACAAUGCUGGCUGGAGCCAUUUCUGCCAUGGUCGAAUCGUUGGGCGACUACUAUGCAGCUGCGCGCAUCUGUGGCGCCCCUGUGCCCCCUCCGCAGGUCAUCAGCCGCGCUGUGACCUUCCAGGGGUUCAGCUGUGUCCUCGCCGGCCUGAUUGGCACAGGAAAUGCUACGACCGCCUACAACGAGAAUAUCGGAGCCAUGCAGCUGACGCGCGUGGGCAGCCGCCGAGUCAUCCAAGUGGGCGCAUGCAUAGCCAUCAUCAUUUCAGUCAUUGGCAAGUUUGGGGGCAUCUUUGCCUCGCUGCCGCAGGCGAUGGUGAGCGGCCUGUUCUGCGUCAUGUUUGGGCUGAUAGCCGCAGUCGGCAUCUCCCAGCUGCAGUUCACAGACAUGAACUCGCCGCGCAACAUCUUCAUCACCGGCCUCGGACUGUACUUGUCGCUGUCCAUCCCUGACUACUUCACCCAGUACACCACCAAGAAUGACCACGGUCCCAUCAACACUGGAUCGCACGAAGUCAACGACAUCUUCAACUCCAUCUUUGCGACGGGCCCCGCAGUGGCGCUGAUAAUCACGCUGUUCCUGGACAACACAAUCCCGGGGUCGCGCAAAGAGCGCGGCCUGCAUGUGUGGCAGCAGCUGGACGCAGACGGCACUGACUGGUGGGAAGACGACCACAUGAACCGGGUGUACGGGUGGCCGUUUGGGCUGACGCGCAAGUGGCAGGGCUUCAUCAAACCAUACCGCCUGAAGUGGAAUUCUUUCUGGAGCACACUGUGCACCAAGUGCACGUCCUGCUGUACCAAAAAGCAGAGCACAAUGCCUGUCUGAGCUAACGCAGUUCUGUUCACAGUACGAAUACAGUCAAGAUAAUCAAUAGUUGCAUGCAUGUCUCUGGCCCAAUGCUCAGCCCUUGCAUGGCGACAGUAUGUAUAAUUACUGUACUCGAUAUAUCAUAAUUGAUGUGCAUUACAUGAUUAAUGGCAGAAUAGUCAAGAAGAUAUCUUCCAGGUCGUUGAGUUAUUCUUAUGCUUAUUCCAUCCGUGAGAUUGAUUCAUGAAGUACAGGAAAAUGACGGCAGGCACAUGCCUCAUUGCCGUGAAAUGUGCCUACAGCUAUUUAAUAUAGCUGUUUUGGGAAUGUCAAGUGACACCAAUACUUUUGAUUCAGCACUUGAAGCACAUGCGCAUUCUGAGUGGGUAUUAUGAAAUUUGUCAUGGACAUGUCAAUUUACAGUGACAAACGAUUACAGAAGUAGGUCAUGGCUAGCAGGAGUCUUGGAGGUCUAUGAAGCUAACUAUUGCAAGAUAGCUUUAUGGAAUCGAGGAGAUCUGUGGUGAAUUGCUUGUCCCAGUCGUGUAAACCAACAGAUAGGC